GUGGAAAUGGCAGUCAGAUGGGACGGCCUGCGGUGGUACCUGUCAGCAGAACUUGGGCGCAGAGCGGUUGCUGCAGCUGAAUCCCCCCGGCUGCCAGCACUGCCCUGCCCCAGCAGCUAUGACAGGAUGCCCGUCUGCGCUGUCUCCCCGGAGUGCCCAGUGAGCCAGAUGCCCAUGGAGGGGCGGGACAAGGCCCCCGGCCGUGCGCCGGCCCGGGAGGGUGAUGCCGUGCGGGUCAACCAGCUGCACAACAGCAACAACAACGCCUCGCCAGGGGGCUGGCUGGGCCGCAAGGGCUCCCGCUCCCUCUCGCCCUUCGGCCCCCGGGCCUCUGUUGGUGCCAACCAUAAGCUGAGCUACCUGGAGCGCGUCGUGCUGGAGCUCGUGGAGUCGGAGCGCACGUAUGUGCGGGACCUGCGCAGCAUUGUGGAGGACUACUUGGGGAAGAUCAUUGACACCGAGGAGCUGCUGCUGCGGCCGGAGCAGGUCUGCGCGCUCUUUGGGAACAUCGAGGAUAUCUACGAACUCAACAGUGAGCUGCUGCAGGACCUGGACAGCUGUGACAGCAACCCUGUGGCCGUGGCCAGAUGCUUUGUGGACAGGAGCCAGGAUUUCGAUAUCUACACCCAGUACUGCAACAACUACCCCAACUCGGUGGCGGCUCUGACCGAGUGCAUGAGGAACAAGCACCAGGCUAAGUUCUUCCGCGAGCGCCAGGAGCAAAUCGGCCACGCACUGCCCCUGGGCUCCUACCUGCUCAAGCCGGUCCAGAGGAUUCUCAAAUACCACCUGCUGCUCCAGGAGAUCGCGAAGCACUUUGACCUGGAGGAGGCCGGCUACGAGGUGGUGGAGGAGGCCAUCGACACCAUGACCUGUGUGGCCUGGUACAUCAACGACAUGAAGCGCAGACACGAGCACGCAGUGCGGCUGCAGGAGAUCCAAUCCCUGCUGCUGCACUGGAAGGGGCCGGAUCUGACGACCUUCGGGGAGCUGGUGCUGGAGGGCACCUUCCGGGUGCACCGCAUGCGCAACGAGCGCACCUUCUUCCUCUUUGACCGCACCCUGCUCAUCACCAAGAGACGGGGCGACCACUUUGUCUGCAAGAACGACAUUCCGUGCUCCUCCUUGAUGCCGAUUGAGAGCACCAGGGACUCGCUGUGCUUCAGCGUCACCCACUACAAGCACAGCAAGCAGCAGUACAACAUCCAGGUGAGGGCGGCGGGGCACGGAGGGCUGGCUGGGAACUGGGGGAGGAAGCGGGUCUGGACCCACCACAUCAAGAGGCUCAUCCUGGAGAACCACCACGCAAUCAUCCCCAGAAGGUGAAGAGCCCGAACGAUCUUGGAAAUGGACUCCUCCCACCCCGCUUGCUACAGAUACAGCCCGGAGCGGCUGAAGAAAGCGAAGUCGUGCCAGCCCAUGGAUGAGGUGUCCCUGCAGGCACGGCAGGGACGCCGGCAGUCGGAGCCUGCCAAGCAGAUUGUCAAGCAGCUGGGUGAGAAAGCAGGACUGAAGCACGCCGACAGCGCCGGAGCCCUCCUGGAGACCAGGGCACCCUUGCAGCUCCCUGGCAGCGCUUGGCAGCUGGCUGAGGGCGAGGGGGGCGCAGAGGAGGAGAAGGAGGAAGCAGCCAUGGGGAAGGAAGAAAAGCAGGCCCUGGGGCAGGGCUCUCUGGAGGAGCUGGCUGUGAGUGACAGCAGCGAGAAGGAAGCCGGGCAGGAGGAGGAGGGCCCAGUGGGCGAGGAGCAGGUAGCUGACUUUGCGAGCUUCCUGCUGGCGGCGCUGCACGGCUGGCACUGUCGGGCCAACGCUUUGCUUUUCUCCUGGGGCCGCACGGUGAGGUGUCUCUCCACCCUCCUCUUGCAUGCUGGCCUGGCGCAUGGCUCGGAACUGCCUGCCCCUCCUCCCUGGCCCCGCUCUCCUCUAUCUCCCACCUGCCGCCCUGCUUGGGGCAGGCUGAUCAGCACCCCCGGCUGGACUUUUGCUGUGUUUCAGGGCAAGGGGCCCAAGGGAAGCCAGGAGCCAGGGGGGCCUGAGAACCAUCGCAGUGCGGAGACGGCCUCGGCCAUCCUGGAGGAUGCCCCGGAGCCCAGUGAGCUGCACGAGGAAGAGCACCCAGAGGAGUCCCCCGAGACGGCGAGCACCCCGGAGACGGCCCAGCAGAGGGCGAUGGAGCAGGAGCAGAACCUGGCCAUGGCGGAGAACACGGAGGACCUCAAAGCCCUGAGCAGCGAGGAGGACGAAGAGGAGGAGGAGACCAGGGCGAGGAGCAUUCUGCCCCCCUCCGUGCUGGACCACGCCAGCCUCAUCGCCGAGAUGUUCGCCAGCAGCUUCUCACGGCGCAGCAGCCUUGCGCUGGAGGAGGGCCGGCCCGGGGGCUUCCUGACGCCCAGGCUGGUCAGCCGGAGCAGCAGCGUGCUGAGCCUGGAGGGCAGCGAGAAGGGGCAGGGCCACAGCAGCACUGCCGACUCCCAGGGCCACGUCUCACCGCAGGGCUCCACCCGCAGCGGGACUGCUUCGCCUGGCCCCUUGGAGCCCGAGCGCACCCCCUGCCCCAGGAAAGAGUCCAUGCUUUCCCGGCAGGACCGGCUGCUGCUGGACAAGAUCAAGAGCUACUACGAGUGCGCGGAGCAUCGCGACGCCGGCUUCGGCAUCCGGCGCCGGGAAAGCCUCUCCUACAUCCCCAAGGGGCUGGUGAGGAACUCGGUCUGCCGCCUCAACAGCCUCCCGCCCCCGCCGGAGCAGCACGCCAACACCAGGCGGGGAGCAGGCAGUGGCAGUCGGACAGCUGCCUGGGUGCUGGCGGGCGUCCCCACCCCUGUGCACAGGGCCGAGCCCAGCACCCCUGUCGCCGAGGAGGAGUUCCGCCCACCCGCCGAGAUGAUCAAGGUGUGGGAGGGCAUGGAGAAGAUGAGCGCCAGCCAGCCCUGCCCGGAGGAGGGCAGCGGGGAGGGCACAGCUGGCGCCGCCACCACCACGUGGCCUCUGGGCAGGAGCCAGGAAAACGGCUUGGACCUGCACGAGCCGCUGCUUAUCCUGGAGGAAGACGAGCUGAGCGCCAUUGCGGAGGAGUCGGCCGGGCCCUCGCCCGAGAGCCGGUCCCCCAUGGAGCGAGCGGGGCCCGCCAGGCUGGCCAGCCAGCUGCAGAGACUGGCACAGGAACUGGGCCACCCUGCCAAGCCGCGCCCCCGGGUCCCGCCGCUCUCAGAGGCCGAACUGAGCGAGCGCCUGAAGAACAAGGUGUAUCAGCUGGCGCGCCAGUACAGCCUGCGCAUCAGGAACUGCCAGCCAGCCGUGCACAGGCGGCUUGCCAAGCUGGAGGAGCUGCGGAGCUGCGCAGCACCCCCUCCAUGUGACGGGCACCAGGAGGUGAAGAGAAGUACAGGCCCGCAGAAGCCAGCGCUCUCUCCCAUGACCUUUGAGCAGGUGGUGCUGCAGGAGUACAGCCCCCGCACGCCGCACUCUGCCACCUCCUCCUCGCAGGACAAGUCGCCCAAGCGCUUCUCUUUCAGCCCCUCCUGCCCUGCCUCGCCCGGCAGCGGUGCCUUGCCCGGCCCCUCGUCCUGCAGCCCGCUCAGCCCCAUCGUGGCGGAGACGUUCACCUGGCCUGACGUGCGGGAGUUGCGCUCCAGGUACUCCUUGGGCACGGCCUUCCCCGGCCUGCGCCGGCCCGCCCCAGUCAACAGGAGCCAGUCGGCGCCAGAGAAGAUGGUGGCAGAGCUGCCGGGAGGCUUCCUGGGACAGGAGGGCUGGCACGGGCUGGAGCAGAGCCCUGGGAGGGGACGGGGCACUGAGAGCCCAGACCCCAGUGCCCGGCAACGCCAGAGGAAUCAGAGCGCUGGCUCACUGCGCAUCACCGCUGAGGCCAUGCUGGGCGGCCAGCGGGUCAUUGUGCUGGAAAAGGUGCCGUGCGAUGGGGACCCACCUGCCCAUGAGGAGCCACCCGAUGCCGCCAGCUACGUGCAGAUCCGCUCGCCCACCUCACGGGAGAGGAUCUCGCUCAAGGCCGUGGCGGAGCGCUGCAAAGCCUACCAGGAGUCGGACGAGUACCUGCGGCAGGAGGAGGGCCGGGCCGCGGGCUGGGAGCAGGCGGACACCAGCCAACACGGCCACGUGAGGAACCUGCGAGAGAAGUUCCUGAACCUGAACUCUGCCAGCUGAGCAGGCGCUUGGCGGGAGACCGGACUUGUGUACAUAGCGAGCGCCUUCCUUCUCCCCUCGCCAACGCCACCCACCCCAAUGGGACUAAACUCCCCAAACCAGGCCGGGCCAUGGCCAGAGACCUGCUCUCAUCGGGGGCUCUGCGCUGAAGCAUGCACCUGCAGGUCCUGGGCUGGCAGGAGCAGCGGGCAGUGCCCCCCCAGGACCUUGGCACAGAGUCUGCCCACCACCCUAGGGCUGAUCCCUGCAGGCAAGAGGGACUGUGCUGCUGGCCAGUCCUGGAGGAGGAGGGUGAAUUGCUCUCCACUGUGCUGGGUGAAAGGGAGCGUGGUGUACGCGGGUGCCCCACGCAGGGCGGUCGUGUUGGCUGUACACACACUUCAGUGCAAUAAUCGCACCUCUCGCCUCC